CCUUGGCCUCUUUUUCUUUAAAGAAGACCCUUCUCAUCGACAUCCGUCUUCCUUGUUCCUUCUCGAUCUUGAUGCCAAUUUGGUUUGAAAUUUACUAUACUCCCUCACCAUCCCAACUUGGCCGAUCGUCUGGUCCUGGGUUUAAAUCAUGGCUCGCUCAGUAUCCAGCGCCGGCUUUCUACGCCUUCCGCCGGCUACUGCUGCACUCCUUCUCAGCGCGGCAUUUGGGUUGACGAGCGGUCAUGUGCUUCCCAGACAGACGAAAACUGUUGAGCUGCGUGAGUUGAAUGUCGUUCCUUUUCCGCGGCCAACGGAAGCUCCAGUCUUACUUUCCGACUUGUUACGAAGACAGGGACAGAACACUAUAUGCGGCUUCAUCGGGGGUAAUCCAAACCUACCUGCGACAUGCUUGGCAGGAUCCCAUUGCGUAUUGGAACAGGAUCAUGGUGUGGUGGGCUGCUGUCCGGACGGCGGAACUUGCUCGACAGGUAUAUUUACCGGCUGUGUCGACCGGAACAGCGAGCUGCAAACAGAAAUCAAUCCUUACGUGUAUACGUGCCAAGGGUCGGACGUGUGCUACAGGAAUAACUUUGCUGGCGGGUAUUUCCAGUUUGGUUGCGGAACCGCAUCAUCAUUGGGUACUACUGUCGAAACAUCCGUCCAUGGCAUGACAAGCUUGGUGCUCGAAGAGACAGCAGUGUUGCUGACGGCAUUGCCGUCAGUCCUUCCCGACCCUACUUCCAUCGGGACCCAGCCUUCGAGUGCGACGGAGGACCCUAACCCAGAUCCUCCCCCUAUUGGCUCUGAUACAACAUCACCAACGCCACAAACACCCUCAGUUACAACAGACCCUUCGUCUGUCUCUGGAUCUUCGUCUCCGCUGUCACCACCAUCCUCCGUAUCCUCUUCGCCACAACCCUCAUCUUCGCCUACGUCCUCUUCAUCAUCAUCAAGAUCAUCAUCUUCAACAUCUUCGACCUCUACUUCAUCUUUACUUACAUCCUCGUCUUCAUCCACAACAUCACCUUCAUCGACUACUGGCACGAAUACCUGGCCGAGUAUAACAUCCUCAUUUGGCGCCGAAGAACCCACCGAUUCUAGUUCACCCACGGCGGCGGCCGGAGCCAGUGGGACCAAUAGGGGGGCUAUUAUCGGGGGUUCCAUCAGCGGAGCCGCCAUUCUAAUAGCGAUAAUUGUCGCCAUAGUCCUCUUCUGCAUACGAAAGCGGCGUGGCAACAACCGCGAAGGUCCUGGGCCUUUACCAACAAACGCGCCGCCCAGAACAGAAUAUAUCAGGUGAGUCUCUAAUGUAUACUACAUACUAAGAUCCUAGGUUAGCUAACCCAUAA